AUGUGCGAUGACCUCUCGUACGCUCCUGUAGCCCGUCGCGUGCUUCUCAUACUCGUUACCUGCUGUAAUACUGAUGCCGCACUGUGCGACGGCGCGUCGCCUUCGAAUCGACACGACGCACACGACGCGACAGGGUUCUGUAGCUGCGCCGCAACUCCCACUGCAACAGAGUCGUCGCAUCCUCAGCUGAGAGCGAAAAGCAAUGACGAUACAGUAGCAUCGUCUACCGGAGCAUCGCCAUGGCCAACUAUCCGCAACUUCUGCCAUGGAAUUGCCAGUGCCACCAGUGCCACCAGUGCCCACCAGCGCGCACACAAACCCACCACGAAAGCACGCGACUCGGCGACGCAGGCACCGAGUACAAUCCAUAGACCACCUCCUGCAAGCCAAACGAGGCAAUUCGCAUCCUCAGUCAGCCGUGCUUCCCAUUUCGUUCCCACUUCUCCAAUCCCCUUUGCACAUUCGGGCGCGGGACGGGGUGUAAGUACGGAAAUGCUGCGGGAACACAUUAGUAAGUAUCGAAGACUGGUUCGUGGAGUGUUGGAAUCUGACGGUGUGUCUCGCACUGUGCCAAGACGGGCCACCCGCAUCCAAGCGAUGAAGCCACGUGCUGCGGAAGGAUCCAUGGAUGGCGAUAGUGCCGAGAGCUGA